GUCACUGAUGGUGAAUGUAGCGGUCACUGAUGGUGAAUGUAGCGGUCACUGAUGGUCACUGUAGCGGUCACUAAUGGUGAAUGUAGCGGUCACUAAUGGUGAAUGUAGCGGUCACUGAUGGUGAAUGUGGAGCGGUCACUGAUGGUGAAUGUAGCGGUCACUAAUGGCUACAAGGCAUCACGUGAACCAAUUACUUACAACAUAUACGAAUCAAACUAUUAGGAUUGCAGAACUAACGCAGGUUAUAUGGCUUCACGCAGGUUAUAUAGCUCUCAUACUAAUAUCUGCGUAACUUGAUGCAAGUUAUAGAGUUGUCUUGUUGGUGGAGACACACGAUACGAGUGGCAACCAGAGGUUGGGGGUCACGUCCGAGAGGGCGUCAUUCACCGUGGAGAUGGAGUGGUGAAAGCGGAUCGUAUGCAGGAAUUGGAUGGAUUUUUGCAUCGCAGAAUUGAGAUAGAUGCCGGCAGCUGUGGGAGACCUUGAUCCAGCAGUGAUUAGAUCACGACCAGUCAUGAUUUCAAAUCGAAAAUUAUUCUUACACGUGUGGCUCGAUGCACGCAUCAUGAGCUUAAGAACCGACAUUAACCGGUGAAUCGAUGCAUCGUUACAUCUCAAGUGUAUCGGCCGCACCAAGGAGAACUGAACAGUUCAGGCCAUACCCCGACUUUUAUUAACUGUGGUUAUGUGCCACGGCUGAUAAGCUGAAGGAUGUGACGUGCAUUGAGUUGUGAAGCGGUCAAUUGUUUAUUCUGCUCAGCUUGAGUUGAACCACUCCUGCUGAAGUUAUGCACUGCCAGAAGGCUGUGUAGCUGAUGGGAUGUGUAAAGCAUUAUUAUAUUUUCACGCCGAUGGACAGUUAUGCGAAGGUGGCAAUGCAUUUUGUUAUUUCUGUCCUCCACAAGGACGCUAAUGGUUAUUUUGUCUCACGCCGUCUCUGCCGUUCAACACGUUAGAGCCCUCAUCACCCAUUGGUCGGUUCCUUUAUCCUUCUUGUCAACACGCUGACUCCCACCAUGGCCGUGCUUGGUUCAUCUGAUUUCCAUUCUGUCAUCUGUCAUCACGCGUUUAUCUUUUUUUGUCAUAACUUGUUCCGUACGCCUUUUAAGUGACGACAAUGCGUCGCAAAUUUGUGUAAUUGACAUUGCGUUUGGCUCUCUGGCCUUGGUCAAUCCGCUGCCGGAGGAAGGAGGCCCUCCCGUACGCCGGGUUUGGUGAAGGAGGGCGGUCAGACACCACAGGCCUCCCUCACCACUCGUGCGAGCGGUGCAGCGGAAGUCGGGUCGCCGGGUCCACGGCGUGCGGUGCGCUUACCGCUGUGCCUCCACAGGGGUCAGAUGAUCAAAGCGCGUUUUGCCAAGCGGAGACCUCGGCAACCUUUUUUGGAGUCUUGUAUUUAUGUUUGUGUUGGAAUGCGUGGGUACGUCGUAUUUGGGAUUUGGGCUGUGUCGGCCGCUCACGAUGCGCCGCUCUUGUGAGCGAGAAGUGUUCACAACUCCUUGGGCACGGCAAACUUGGCUCACGCCUUGCAAGCGCGUCACGGGCCGCAGCCCUGCAACAUCUCGCGCGCGUCACCGCUGGCGGAAGGGCCUCUCCUCGAGGGAGCUCUGCAGAGUCCGUCGAGAGAGUAUUUGGCCUCUCCUUCCACAAGCCUUGUUUGUACUAAUGUUCAAUUCGACAUCUGUGAAAAAGAGCUUCAUAGCUCAUCGGAUUGCUUCAGUAGCCAACCGUGCUAAUUGGAGGUAAUCCUGGAAGUGGUGGCAGUACCCGCACUUUGCCCCACCACACGUGACUUGCCGAUCGACUCGUAAAUCAAUGGAAUAUUUAAAUGUGAAGAAGCGGCUGUGUUGUUGUUAUUGUUUAGUAAAGACACACCUGAGCUGUGUAACCCAGCACAGAGCAGAGCUCCCUGGCUGCACCGGACCGUACAAUCCGCGGUUGGUCCUGGUUCAUCUUCAUUCAUGCCACGGCAGCACACUUAAUUCUAGCCUCAAGCUCUGUGCUUAUAAGUUAACUUGAAUUUACAUGAAUUUACUUCAGCCAGUUUAAACACAACCAUGUAUUGGGCCAUGUCUUCCUUUGACGUGAGUACACAAUUACAUACAAUAACGUCUGGAUGUCAAGGGACUGAUAGAGAGAAUUCCACAAUGCACUAUGUGACCUUUUCCCUUAAAAUUCAGCCUCCCCAUGCCAUUCCGGUCAUGGGGGUUGUGUGACUAUACUUCACCAUUCUGGUCAGUGUGGCUUGGUGAAGGGGGAAAGAAAAGCAGGAUGGGUUCAGAUAUCACUCAUCACUGAUGUAGUAAGCCAGAGCCAGGAAUCAAACUCGGGUCGCCGGGUUCAUAUAGUGAAGCGUGUUACCCACUGAGCAGGCAUAUUUUGAUUCACUCUCUUGUCUCGGCUUUCAAGGAAUUUAACACUUAAUGGGAGUUUCGCAUCGACUGGAGAGACAGGUUGAAUAGUUUGUUUGGCUGUGGGGUCGACUCGCCGGUGAAUUAGCGCAGACUUCAAACCCGUCCACCCGCCUAUUAUUCAGCGCCACAGUGAAAUAUUACAGCAGAACAAGCCGUGCGGUCUCUUGUGUAUUUGACGAAUUGAAAUUGCUUAAUUUAGAUGGCAUUUAAAUACGAUUAUGACUCUCCUGGCAGGAAAUGUUUAUAAUGGAAAGAAAGGUUCUGCCAGGAAUCCUGGCCAGGGGAAAAACAUUGCGCCAAUUUUAAAUUCUAGAGCUUUCUAUAUACAUGUACAUAUAUGCAUCACACACACACACGCACAAUGUACACACGAGUGUGAGCAGUGCCUGCGAAUGGCUCGUGCCUGUUCAGGGCGUACCCUCCGGCAAGCGCAACUCCACCGUUGCAAACGCCCGUGAGUGCGUAAUCCUUCGCGUCGUGCCAUCUGUAAAACUUUCCGUUGGUGGAAACUUCCGCGCUGUGCAAGGUUCUGCGAGUGGCUACUGUCUGGUGUAGUAGGUGGGCUUGGAAACAGGGGAUGUCUUCAGGUGCCUUUUAACAGCGCAUUCUAUUGUACAGAGCAGUCCACCGUGCCUGGACUGUCAGAGCAACAAGCGCAUUCAUAGUCAGAUGUGCGCUAAACAAAGACACAUCCAGUGGCUCUAAGGGGUGAAAACUUCGACCUCACGGUGUACGUACUCGUCCAGCGCUUUGGUCAAUCCACUGCUGGACGAGGGACUCCCCUACAGCCCCCCGCUCGUGUUGUGGGUUAUCGGGACGUACUUCGUUACGCCGGUCAGUGCGGGGUGGUUUGUGAAUUGUUGAGAGCUGGAACCGGCUCAGGUUUCACUCGCCACCGAUGUGAGUCGUGGCCAGAAAUGGAACUGAGAACACGGUGCACAGCACCAUGUUCUUCCACUCGAAACACCCCACGAACCCCGUUGAGAAAGUUUCACGGAGGGCAUUUCACUGAAAUGCUGCCAAUUGUUAAACCGGUGGGUAACAGAACAAACCUGAGAAGAUCUCAAGUAGGGAGGAAACUCGGCGACGCACAGCCCCGAGCAACACGCUGUGGGUGGGCGCCGCGCGUGGCAUGUCGCGUUUACCCGCUGUGUGCAUAAGUUCACAAGUUGUCCGGCUAAAGUUAUUUUUGGUAGAAACGCUGAAUCAUCAUCACCACUGUAAAGUUGCAUCUUCCUUUGCUUCUGGUGUCAAGGUUUAUUCUAAAGCAGUUCACAUUUAACAGCAGAAUGCACUGCUUUUGUAACCCGAAUACGCAUCUUGAAAUGUCUACUUAUUCUGGUUCUGUGAUCACCUCUCUGCGGAAUGACCUGGUUUCCGUGGAGGCGGGUAACCUUGCUGGUCGUCGUGGUGUGGUCACUGCGAGAACAGAGUGUCCAGAAGUUGCGGUGAGACCUCGGUUAGUUGGACGGAAAUAUACAACUUCCUAUUGGCGCGGACGAUCACAAAAGGCCUGAACUUGCUGUGGUUAUGUCCGUUUUGGUUAAACGGCUAUGAUGGGAAUGUUUGGUCCGGCUCUUUGAGUACACUGAUUUGUUUGGCACACCAGAUAACAUAAUGCACUCGAGCUGAAUUAACCACCCUGGUUAGCACCAUAAUGCCAUUAGAUUUAAUAUUUAACCCUUUAUUAUGGAUCCCGACAUUCGGGACAACUAUUAUGGCCGCGAAUCUUUCACUCGCCUCGUGCAACCGAGAUGCGUAGUGAGGGAACUCUCACGGCUGUGGUUUCUCUGCAGACAAAUGUUUUCUAUUUAACUUGUGGCCUGUUUUACGUGAAUGAUGCAAUCUGCAAUAAAGCCUGGCCCCUGCUAAGAGGUCACAUUAUUGACAAUGUCCAUGCACAACCCUUGCGUCAAUCCACUGCUGGUUGAGGGCCUCCUCCGCCACACUCUACGGACCAUAGGGAUUACUCAGCCGUACUUCACCGCGCUGGUCAGCACGUGGAUGUGGCACGUAGAAGCAGAGUACAACGAUGGAUAUUUCUGCACCGACCUCUGCUCGUUACGUCGCCACGCAGCCCCCCGAUUUGUUUGUGCAUGGCGAUCACCCAUCCAGUAACGUCCAGGCUGGAUGAGAUCGGACGUGUCCGGGUGUUUAGUCUUGGGAAUUAUUGACAAUAGGUCGACAAUAAGUCAAAGCUGCUACUGCCGGGGCGAGAUGAGCUCGGACCGAAUCGCCCUCCCGGUGGUGGAGCGCAUUUUCAUGAUUCAAAGGUCAAUAUUGGAUUCAACAGUGGACGCAUUUUUGCGUUGUAUAUUCCGUCUCGUUUGCAUUGUUUCUCAUUGUUUUUCCUGUCUACCGUGUCCCGUGUUGUUCGCUCAACGAGCCGACACGUAACAUGAGCACGUGACUUGCACGAGGCGUAAGUCAUCGGUAAUUGCACGAGCGAUUCCGUGGCACGCAUCGCGAGCCGUGGAUUCGAGUGGACGCGGUCCGCCUGGAGGAGACGUCCUCACGAGUGGGCACGGCAGCAGACGCAGCAGCAGGAUGAGCAGACGAUGAGGUGGCGAUGCGGUGGCGAUGAGGUGGCAGUGGAGGAAAGGAGGAAGAGCAGCAGCCCAGUCCGGAGGGAAGGUCGAGGCCUGGCCGCGGCUGCACCGACGUCCCUUGGCUCGUCGCCUUCAUGCUCUUCUGGGCCGGUUUGAUCUUCAUCGCCGCCUUUUCCAUCGCGACGGGGGCAGCGGAGCGCCUCGUCUUCGGCUACGACAGCUUCGGGAACACGUGCGGGCAGCUGAACCGCGCCAUCCCCGGGGUGCCCCUAUCGGGGCAGGACAUGCGCAGCCGCACGUACGUGUUCUUCCUGGACGCGUGUAACAUCGACGUGGAGCACGCCAGGGUGGUGUCGCCGGCGCUGUGCGUCUCCCAGUGCCCCCAGGAGGAGCUGCCCACGCUCUCCGCCCUGCGCCUCUUCGCACACGAGAAUGGCUCGGCGCUGUGCACGUACGACCUGGCCCCCGCGGAGUACACCACGAGCCCCGUCGCUCACGACAAGUGCCCCCGCCUGCCCGUCCCCGCCAGUUGGCUGCCGUUCUUCCACCGCUGUGCGCCCAGCUCCUCCAGCUGCUACGCUCACUUCCUGCGCACGCUGGUCGUCUUCUACAACCAGAUGGACGCUUUCCAGAGGGCCAUCGAGGCCAUCACGGCCAACUACCGCGCCGUCCUGGCGCUCUCCUUCCUCUCCCUCGGGCUCUCCCUGGCCAUGCUGCUGGGCCUGCGCCACCUCUCGGCUCUGCUGUUGCGCAUCCUGGCGGCGCUGCUAGUCUUCUCGCUGCUAAUGGUGACGGGGCUCAUGUGGUGGAUGUACUCGGACCACGCCGACCUGCUGGCGCGCACGGCCGCCCAGCCGGGCCCCGUGCUGACCCCGGACGUCGGCGGCCAGCGGGACGAGGACGACCCCUCCCCCGCGCCGUUUGCCCUCGCCGCGACGCCUGCCAACAGCUCCGUGCCCCAGCUGGGCAUCCUCGAGGACAACACGCUGGCGCUGCUGGUGGGCGCCACGCUGUCCUCCAUCGCCACCGUGCUGCUGCUGCUGCUGGUACUGCUGACGUGGAGGCGCCUGCACCUAGCGGUGGGGCUCUUCGGCAUGCUGGGCAGGGUGUUCUCUCACCUCCCGCUGCUCAUCCUGCAGCCCGUGUGGACCUUCGUGAUCCUCGCCAGCUUCUGGCUCUGCUGGGUCGCCGUGCUGCUCCUCCUCGGCACGGCAGGCGACCCGGUGCGGACGGCCCAGGGCUUGGUGGAGUUCCGGCUGAUUGGGCCCAUCCGCUACAUGUGGUGGUACCACGUGCUGGGCUUCGUCUGGGUUACGAGCUUCGUGCUGCACUGCCAGCGCAUGGCGGUUUCAGGAGCCACGAUCAGCUACUACUUUGCCCGAGACAAGCAGCGGUUGCCGCCAUACCCAAUCCUCUCCUCCAUCUCGCAGCUCUUCCGCUGCCACCUGGGCACGGUGGCCAAGGGCUCGCUGCUGCUGCCCCUGCUGGCGCUGCCGCGGUGCCUGGUGCUGCACUUGCUCUGCUGCCUUCAGGACAAGAGCAAUGCCUGUGCCCGGUGUUUGCUGAAGAGCUGCUGCUGCCUGGAGGGCCUGGAGAAGCACCUGCGCCAUUUGCACGAGACGGCGUACAUCGCCACCGCUCACAGCGGAACGGGCUUCUGUGCGUCGGCGCUGGAGGUGUUCGAGCUGCUGUCCUCAAGGCCCCUGAGGAUCGUGCCGCUGGUGGCCCAAGGCAACCUCCUCUUCUUCUUGGCCAAGAUGCUGGUGGUGGCCGUGACAGCCUUCUUCAGCAUCCUGGUGCUCAACUUCCAGCCCAACUACCACCUGUGGGUGGUGCCACUGGGCCUCGUGUGCCUGCUUGCCUUCCUGGUCGCGGGCUGCCUGCUCUCGCUGCUGAGCAGCGUGUCCGACACCCUCCUCGUCUGCUUCCUCCUCGACUGUCGCGGCAGCAGCGACGGUGGUGCCGACCGGGGUCACGACGCCGACGGCGAGAUCCAAAAAUGUGUGAGCAGAAGCAUCAAGAAGCUAGCAGAGCUGGAUCGACGGAGAAAGGACAGCAGUGAUGCGAGGGAUCAGGCUGUAGAGGAACAGGAAUUGAGGCCGCUGGGUUCACCCAGCGCCACGUGAAGCGCCGAGGCCGGCCCCGUUGCGCCCAGUGGAGGCCCUCGCUCUGCCUGCGCGUCCGCCACCACCGCCGCCCCUCAAGCUGCACUGCACAGAGCCCCGUGUGGUGCUGUCGCGUGGAUUGGCAAAACUCAGAGCACGAGCAGUUUUGGGGACUUGAUAUUAGCCUGCUGGAGUGUGCACUGAGAAUUAGAAAAUAGCAAACGCAAUUAAAACUCAAUCGAAUAGCAUGUUAUAGUUAUACAAAUGAUCAUUUAUUUACACAGCGCCUUUAAUUGCGAGAUCACAAAGCGUUGUACAUGUCAACAUUUCAACACUGAAUCCAAAACAAAAUAUAUCGGGGCAAUUUUUAAUGCUAUACAGGACAAUAGAAUUAUGGAAUACAGAUCACACCAAGUCAAUGGUCGAGAGCUACAAGAAUGAUGGAAUAGACGCGAGUCCUCGGUCCUGAUUUAGAAACACCGAGAGGGCCCGAACCGUGCGUGGGGGUAGAGGGAGCCAUGCGUGGGGGUAGAGGAAGCCGUGCGUGGGGGUAGAGGAAGCCACACGCUGAAGGUCUGCUUGCCUCCGUAACCAAGGUUACGGGGUUUUGGCCAUCUGCAAAAUAAUGUUUAAUCUUAUUGGGUAACGCUGUUGUUUUCAAUGUGCGCGUGUGUGUGUGUGCUUUUGUUGGGUGUGGUGCCAUUGUGGUCAGCACACUGCACUACUAGCCAAGCAGCUAGAAUGUAAUUCCAUGGAUAAUGGAGGUAUAUGGGAUAUGAAGCUGUCCUGGCCACCCCUAACUAGGUAAACUCGGUCUUAAAUGAGCGCAUGGUGCGGUGUGUAAUGAAAUGAGCGCUGGUUCGACAAAGGUGACUGGGCGUGGUGCCGGCCACUCUACCCCAUCAUGCGCUGUGCUAGCUUUAAAUAGGAGCUCACUAGCAAUGCUUGCCCAAGCAGUGAACAGUUUAUAAUGUGCGAAUAGAACUUUGUCUUCGUAGGUAUCGGUGCAGUCCAUACAAUUCGUAAACAACUCAGAGCAUCAAUGUCGUCAAGAAUUCCACAUUUUUGUUCACAUUACCAAUGUACCACGUUCGGAGGGCGUUAACUGACUGACUUCCGCGAAUUUUUUUUACGUGAAUUAUGAAAGAGGAAAACUUUUUUGUUGUUCAAAUUUCUCAUUGACGAGGCAUUAAUUUUUGUUUUAAAUUGUGACAAUAAUGAGCACAAUCUUGGGGAAACGGUUGCGAUUGCGUGUGGUAGUUGCGCACACACACACGUCGCAAAGCCUCUCACCACGAGCCCUCCCUGGCUGUAGUCUCCCAUUCAAGUCGGAUUGACCACGCCGACGGCAGCUUGGGGAGGCUUUCUUCCAGCAGUGGAUUGAUCAUGGCUGAUGAUGAUGAUGAGGCCACACUGUGUUUCAUUGAGGUUGAAUGCAUUCAUUUGGCAUCUCUGCCAAUGAAUACAGUGUUGUGAUCUGUGUUUUAUGUAAUGAAUUAUCCAUUGAGUAUAUUUUAAGUGAGAAGAAGUUUCUAGACCCAACUCGCACGAGAGUGCUGUGAUACACUACAGUUACAUGCGAUAUUUUUUUAAAUGUGUGCAGUUCAUAUAAUUACAUUUCUCACCAAGGUGCAGGUAUCUUCAUCUGACAAACUGGAGAGCAGCUCGUCACUCUUAGUGCACUGCUAUUUUUCAUGAUAUCGUUUGCAUCUUUCUAGCAUCUUAAGUGCAGCGGCACCUCAACCCUGUCAAACCAGCGGUGUGCAUCUGGGGGGUGGGGGGAGAGGAGGUGUAGAUACACUUUGUUUGAGAGAAGGGACAUUCAUCGGCAGAGCAGAAGCCUGGAAUUGAACAGGGCCAGGGAGCUAAGAGCGUGGACGGCUGGGGGGAGAGUGGGAGUAGUUUAUUUUUGUAUUUUUUACCAAAGGAACAUAUUUAGAACGUAUUUAUACAUCCGGACAAGCCAAGCGGCUGCACCGCUGGGUGACACUUUGCGGCGUGGCGUUCCGUGUCCACUGCUGCGUGUGCGUGACCCGCCGCCCUGUUGAGGACCGAGGGGAGAGAGCGCACCAGGUGCGUGGCCGCGUGGUUGGCGCGGGGCAGCGGCCACAGACGACGAUGCCGAGGCCUUGAACCGGAGCGAUGGGAACGCGUGAGCAGAACGCGCUGAGCGCCGCGCCGGCUCGGGAGGGCUUGGUGCUCCACUCUUGGGGCUCGCGUCACCCAAGGCUCACGGUCCUGGAGCGUUCCAAACCCUCACGUAAAAAAUACCAAACUCUGUUAAACAUUCAGUCGCCAAAAUACCGUUGUAGAGAAGAGUAUAACUACGUUUGCUGCCCUUUCAUUUUGCAUUAAUGUCCUGUAGGCAUGUAUUCUACCUAUUAUUGCCUUUAGUUAUGAUUUUAAAUAGAGAACGGCGACUGUAUAUUGUACCUUGAUGAAGCAGUGUACAGAUGUUAACGUUCAGGAAGUGACAAGACAGGCCUCCUUGCUGCAAAGGCCUGGAACUGAGUUACUUGGGACUGCCGUAAGAUGACAAAAUGAUGAACAAAUUAACUCUGCAGUUUGAUCAAACCUCCCUUCCUCGAUAUAUCGAGUCAUUUUUAAUGGUAAUUUUAGGAUCAUGUUUUUUUAUGUUUUUCCUGUCGAAGCAUUUAGAGUUGUCUUUUAGA